GUACCUAGCGCAGCGAAGCCGGCACAAUGCCAGCCGCCGCCGUAGUCUCCCCUCUCCUCCUCUCGCUCUCCUCGUCCUCCUCCCCCUUCCUCUCUUCCUCAUCCACCUCCUUUUUCCCACCCUCCUCCGCUGCCGUCACUCCACACGCCGCCGUCAGGACGAGGGCGGCUGUCUCCGUCCUCCGCGCGCUGCGCGCCGAGGCGGCCACCCUCCCCGUGCUCUCAUUCACCGGAGAGAAGGUCGGGGAGGUAACCCUCGACCUCAAAUCCGCGCCACCCUCCACCGCGCGCGCUGUCGUGCACCGCGCUAUCAUCACCGACCGCCAGAACGCGCGCCGAGGCACGGCCUCCACGCUCACCCGCGGCGAGGUCAGAGGCGGAGGGAGGAAGCCCUAUCAGCAGAAGAAGACGGGGAAGGCGCGGCGGGGGUCGCAGCGUACCCCGCUUCGUCCCGGCGGUGGCGUCGUGUUCGGCCCCAAGCCCCGCGACUGGUCCAUCAAGAUCAACCGCAAGGAGAAGCGCCUUGCCAUCUCCACUGCCAUCGUGAGCGCCGCCAAGGACGCCUUCGUUGUCGAGGAGUUCGAGGAGGCCUUCGCGUCGGGGCCCAAGACCAGGGAUUUCGUGGCCGCUUUGCAGCGGUGGGGGCUUGACCCGAAGCAGAAAGCCAUGUUCUUUGCCACGGACUUCGACGACAAUGUGCGGCUCAGCGGCAGGAACAUUGGUUCCCUCAAAAUGCUCACACCCAGGACGCUGAACCUGUACGACAUACUCGACGCACGCAAGCUCUUCUUUACUCCUGCUGCUGUAGACUACCUCAACUCCAGGUACGGAGCCAGUGUUUCCGAUGACUACUAUACUGAUGACGAGGAUGAUGGCGAGGAGGAACUGGUCGAGCAAGAAGCAGAAGAAGGCACCACAGCAGAUGCUGCUCCAGAUGCAACUGAAGAGGGCGAGGCAGACAGCAGCUCCUAGGCGGGAAGUGUAGAUUUGUUGUUUCGCAUUUGUUAUGUUACCCUCAGGUGAGGAUGGUGGGGAAUUCUUUCCUAACGGGGAGACCUUUUGUCUGCUUUUAUUGUAAGUUGAUUAUGUUCUCUUACUGAAGCAGUAUACUAGAUUUCCAAACCUCACAUAAGAGCAUGUUUUCAAAUACAUCAUCCGUUGUCGACCACUGCAUAUAAA